AUGGCCGAUAGAAAUGCACUUUGGGAGCAGGGCCAGGACGAGUCCGUGGAAGUCAAUCAACGAGCACUAAUCGACAAAGUUCUUGCGCGAUACUCCGGAGAAUUUACUGUUUUCAGAGAGCUACUGCAAAACGCAGACGAUGCCGGCGCAACGGGCGUGCAAAUCACUUUCGAAACCAAGGCAUUCCUCGAGCGCUCCAAGGUCGCUGAUAACAGGAAAAGUCAAGAAGGUUCUCUGUCCGCAAAUGCUGGCGCGGAUGCGGAUGUAGACAAACCACUACCGGCGCUCAAGGAUAUCGUCGUGGAUCAAUGGACAUUCAAGAACAACGGCACUAUCUUUAGAGAGGAAGAUUGGAGUCGGCUGAAGAAGAUUGCCGAAGGCAAUCCUGACGAACAGAAGAUUGGCGCAUUUGGUGUCGGCUUCUACAGUCUUUUCAGUAUCACAGAGGAACCCUUUGUCACCAGUGGAACAAAGUGGAUGGGUUUCUAUUGGCGCGACGGUAAAGAUCAGCUAUAUGCUCGGCGGGGCACCCUUCCAGACGGACCCCCAUCUCCCUGGACGACCUUUGCCAUGCCUUUGCGACAGCGUGGGCCGCUUCCUGGGGCACCACUAGAUUUUCUUCGCUUCCUUGCGAGUUCCAUUACAUUUAUGACGUCCCUUAAAGACGUUGAACUGUACUUGGAUGGUAUUCGACUCGGGCAUGUCUCGAAGGACGUUGGAUCACCUCAAACUGUGGGCGUGCCGAAGGCGCUAGAGAAUAGCCAACACCAAAAGGGAUCUCAGAAUAACUCAUUGAUUGGAAAUGCCGGUGCCAUGAUCGGUGGUUGGGGUGACUGGGGAAUGCGCACGCCUACCCAAAGCACCUCGAAAGAUAAAGAAGUCAAAUGGAACUGGCCGACACCGAAGAAGCUCUUCACGGUCAAUCACGUCACAUCAACUUCGGUUCACAUUCGCGCUGAGGUCAUUCGAUGGGUGUACCUCGCUGGCUCGGAAAAGGCGAAACCCAUGAAGAAGAUCAUGCCACCUACAUCGAAUGCGACCAAGGGUGGCAGUGGCGGAGGAACGACGUCAAACAGCUUUCUUGCGUCCCUGAUUUCAUCUUUUUCGAAACCUUCCUCUUCCACUCCAAGACCUUCGCCAUUCUCUAAUGUCUCGGGCCGAUCCACGCCAAUCCCGCCUGCCAAAGCACCAUCCGUUGACAAGGUUGACGUGAAGAAGCUCGUGUCCGACCAAAGGAAAGUCGUGGAGAGCUCUGUACUACUCACAGUGUUCACCGCUGAGGCCAAAGUCAAACUCGAUGACAAAAUGGAAGUUGAGCUCGAGAGGGCGACGAAGAAACGAGCACCGCCUAGCGUCAAAGUCGGCCUGAUCUAUACUGGAAAGGACGAAUACGAUGCUAGUGAGAAGGAGGAUGUCGAGGAUGCCAACGGCUCCAAAGAUGUUGGGAGCGUGUUUCUUGGGCUGCGAGCCGACCUCGAAGGCAAUAACUCAUCCCGAGUUUACAUUGGUCAUGCAACCGGUCAAACGACUGGCAUAUCUGGACACAUGAGCGCCAGAUUCAUUCCGACGGUAGAAAGAGAGUCGAUUGACCUUGUCGACCGGCACGUUUCCAUCUGGAAUACUGAACUACUCCAUGUCGGGGGAUACCUCUCCCGUGUGGCGUACGAAACCGAAUUGGCCGCUAUAGCAAGACUAUACGUCGCUGCUUUACAAACAUCAUCCGGUGCAUUAUCAGGGCCAGAUGCAAACUUGGUGACGUGGUUGCAAGCUCGUUGUUUGCAUGCCCUCAAGUUCUUCACUUUUCGUCCUUCGACACCCUCGGCCGAGGUCUCACGCAUCAUGCAGACGACCUUUUUCUCUGCCUCUGAAUCCUUUAGUAUUUACUCGACUGCUGGCGUCAAGCCAGCCUCCGAAGUGCGCGUGCGAAGUCCCGAGAUGGAGAAAUUUGUGAAGACCCUUCCUAUCGUGCCGAAGGAGAUACAAGAUGGGGCCCCAGAUGUGAUCGGUCUACUUCAAGGCAGAAAUAUGAUUCGACAGAUUACGUUCGACGACAUCAUUGGGGAAAUGCGGGGACGAUGCUUCGAGGAAGAGGAGAUGAUUGAGUGCCUUAAGUGGCGUGUUGGCUUGCCCCGGCAAGCGGCAUUUGAUCAACACUUCCGAGAACAAUUCCUGGGCGCCGGUGUUUUCCGUGUAGCUGCGAAGCCAAAGAACGGCGCGGCAGACCAGAAGGGGGGUCAAGACGAACGAGUCAUACCGCUGGCCACAAUCAAGACCUUUGUCAACCCCAGCGGACUCGUCCCGCUUGAAGGCCCAUUCCCCUCGUCCACUUUACCCCUUCCAUUCUCAACGACCAAAGGACUCUCGUUCGCGGCCUUCUCUGAGCUCUUUGGAUGGAACCCAUUUUCUAUUAAUGAUUGGGUGAUUUUCCUCUCUUCCAAACCACCAGCAGAAUCGCCAGGCGCUGAACAUGACAUUUCCCUCUCUCCGAUAUUCGCAGAGAAAGUUUUAUCCGCUAUUGCCAAGGGAUGGGCGAAUAUAUCGAAAGCAAACCAAGAUCAAAUUGUGCUGCGAUUAUCCCCUCUGCCUUGCAUACCGACCCAGCUCGGCCUUAAAACCGCUAGCGACACCUACUUUCCGGCGGCUCAUGUUUUCGCGGACCUCCCCAUGGUGACUUUCCCCUCAACCAACGCUCUCCAAGGACGUAGCAAAACGGCGACAGAGUCUCUACUAGCAGCGCUUGGAGUGAGGAAACACGUUGAUCUUCAAGUCGUAUUCAAUCGCAUGAUCAAGACGGGUGAUUGGACGAUACCUCAAUUGGUCAAGUAUCUCGCUGGCGUGCGUGAUACGUUGACUCGAGAAGAGAUUGAGAGGCUCAAGCAGACGGCAGCUUUCUCCAAAGAGGAGCACGAAAAUCCAACUGGCAAGGACACCCAAGAAUACUCAGAUGUCAAGUCGGUUGCCAGCACCACAACAGCGACUGGAACUCCUCGCAAAGUUCGAUACAAGAUUAGCUCUCUCUACGAACCGACAGAUGCGAUGCGGCAGCUCAAAUUGCCUGUACUGGAUUGGGGUGACAACCCAAAGUGGCGAGUGAACUCUGAUGAAGCCAAGUUCCUGUUCUUCCUGGGCCUACAGAAAUAUCCAUCACUACCCGACUUGCUAAAGCUGGCUGGGGGGUCGGACGCAGAAAUAAGGGAACUUGCCCUCCGUUACCUCUUUGACAAGUUUAAUACUCAAUAUCAGAAUUAUCAACCUGGUAGCUUUGAUAUCGCAUUCAUUCCCGCUAUUGGCCCCGACGGAAAGGAGUUUUUGGCCAAGCAUAAUCAAGUCUUUUCGGAACCUGGUUGUACUAUCAUUGGCUUCGCUGUUGUUCGAAGCGAUAUCAAAGAGGAUGCCCAGACAAAGUUGAAGAUAUUUAGGCACCCGACUGCGCAGAUGGCUGCAAGAGCUCUUCUGCAGAGACCCCCGAAGACAGAAGAAGACGCCAGAAGGGUUUUUGAAUAUCUUACGAAUAUCCUCGGGGACUUCACUCCCAGUGACUUGAGCACUCUACGUGACUCUCCCAUUAUUCCAGCUAAAACCCCUACUUCCACCGGUAUCACUAUGGUCCGACCUUCUGAAUGCUACUUCAAGAAGGAAGACGGGCAGGCGAACCUUCAUUCAAAGCUUUUCACCUUUAUCGACUUUGGAGUUCGCGCAAACAAUUUCCUUGCAGCGUGUGGGGUGAGGAAUGCACCGACGACUGAUGAGGUGGCAAGGAUGCUAGUUGCCAAUCCUGUUGGGUUCUACCAACUUGCAGGAAGCGCAGAGAGAUUCAAGGCAGAGCUGAGGCAGAUGGCUGCUAGUCUAGGAGAUAUCACAUCCGCAACCAAGCAGGCCAUGAAGAGGGCCCCGAUCCUUCUCGGCUCUCGGGUAGCUGAUGAAAAGUCGAGCGAGAAUAGGGCUCGGAGUAACUCGGUAGGAAUGGAAGAGGAGGAGGACAGCGUAACGGUAUCAUAUGAGUUAUUGCGUGCGGAUCAGAUUGUCAUUAUCGACGAUGUUAAUUCGUAUGCACAAUUCAAGGAUACCCUAUAUGGAGCUCCUCAAGAGGAUAUCCUCGAAGCGCUCUAUGCCCAUCUCGGCUCCCCUCGCUUGAGCCAGCUCAUCAAAGAGGAGUACAAACCAGUGGGAGAAAUGCCCGACUCCUCCGACGCUGCUAAAGUGCGAAAGCUGGUCCUGGAACGCUUGCCUCUGUUCCUGCACCAGCGACAUCAAGGACGGGUCCUUAUCAGCCAUGAAUGGAUGCAGAACCCAUCAAAUUUCGUUGUCAAAAAGGUUGCCCGUCUGAUUCUGCAGAAGACACUUGUAUGGGCAGGCCGACGGUCGGUAAAGGAUUCGGAAGCCUCCUCAGUAGCGAAGCGCGAAGGAUUUAAUCGUACUCUGAUUCUCUAUGUUGCUGGUAAUAUCCCAUUGGAUCUCUAUGAGGUCGCAAAUUCUCUUUGCAAGCAGCUCUUUGAUACCCCAAAACUCAACGAUAGCUUGCUCUUCAGCACUAUUCUCUCCACAGACUUGCCUAGUCUGCGUCGUAGAGGAUACAAUGUUGAUAGGAUUUUGAACCAGCAAAAGGUGGAACGAGAAGCACGAGAGUCCGCAAGACGUGCGGCCGAGCGAGAGGCGGCGCAGAUGCGUCCUCCUGGAUCGUUUGUCGACAAUACUCAUCCAGAGGAGCCGGCUAGCGUAACAGGAGCCGCUCCUCCUCUCCCUCCCAAACGCCCAGACGACAUAUCACAGACGGGUGGUGAAACAACUCCUCGACCAGAAACGCCUACCACAGUCGAGAAGGACAGAAAUAGCAAAGGGUUCUUCAAUACCAUGAAGAAUAAAUUUUCUGAAUCGAAUCGAUCCGGACCCACCGCUGGUACCUCUACGAACCACCGGAACAAGAUUCAAGGAAAUACACAGCCUACACCAGAGUCUGAUAUCAACAAGAAUGUAGAGCAGGCGAUAAACGCGUGCAGGCCCGAAGCACGUAAUCUGCUCCAGAAUCGCCAGCGCAUGGAGAUGAUCAAGGAAGCCCUUGACGAAGGCUAUUGUGACGUCUCUGGUAUGGCGGGAGAUCUCGUCGCAGUCGGGACUGUCAGCAACAUUCGCAUCUAUGCAGAUAAAGUUGUACCAAAUGCGCAGCAAUUGCUCCUCCAAACCAAACUCGAUGUGAUCAAUCGGUUCAUCAGCAUCAUUCAACCAUUGAAGAAGGUGUACAAGCUACCCGACUCGUCGCUCCAUAUCUUUUACAAUUUGGAGGGACCUACGAUUGCGUUUAAUGCGGGAGGCGCACUCUUCCUCAACUUGCGUUACUACGAAGGAUGGCACGACACGCAACUUCAGAAAAAGGAGCCGAUCAAGGCCAUGAUCUCGUGGUUCUUCACAUUGGCGCAUGAGAUUGCGCAUAACCUCAUCGGACCACACAAUGCGGAGCAUUCAUAUUACAUGAACCAGAUCUCGUCAACGCAUCUGCUGGCGCUGGUAGACGAGCUUCAAGCCAUCCAGUUUGGUAUUGCAUAG